AUGGGCGGUGUACAGAGGGCGAUGUUAUUGAUUUUCGUUCUUGAGUUAACCUUGAGCACCUCAAGUGGACAGUUAAUGUGUUUCCAUUGUGAUGAUUGUGAUUACGCUAUGGUGGAUAUAAUACAAUGUGGUCCUGGUCGACCGUUGUUGCCAUUUCCGGAGACGACAACACAGGUUCCUCCAUCGAUCCCAACGAUCGAGCCCGAGACGACGACGCAGGUUCCCCCUUCUAUUCCGACAAUUGAGCCAGAGACGACGACGCAGGUUCCGCCAUCGAUCCCAACGAUCGAGCCAGAGACGACGACUCAGGUUCCACCAUCGAUUCCUACAAUUGAGCCAGAGACGACGACACAGAUUCCCCCUUCUAUUCCUACAAUUGAGCCAGAAACGACGACUCAGGUUCCUCCAUCGAUCCCAACGAUCGAACCGGAUACCACCACACAGGUUCCUCCAUCUAUUCCUACAAUUGAGCCAGAGACGACGACACAGGUUCCUCCAUCGAUUCCAACGAUCGAGCCAGAGACUACUACCGACGAACCGGAAACCACAACAAUUAGCACAACACCUGGAGGCCCUAUUUUGACUCCACCAACUCAUCCGACGUUCAAUCCGAAUCCAAUGAGCACUACUCCAAGUGGACCAAUCUUGACACCCCCGACUCAUCCAACCCCCUUGGCUCCUAUUGGUUUUGGUAUCGUGCUCCCUAUUCAGCCCACCACACAACAGUACGCUUGUCUCUCUGUUCGUCGUGUUGAAAAUAAUCGCAACAUCGUCAGCAGAGGAUGCGCACCACUGAUGCCUAGUGUACACCAAACGUGUGAUCAUGCUACGAAAGGAGAACAUCACAGCUGCGUGGCUUGUGUUGGUUCGUUGUGUAAUCGAUACAACUAA